GCUCGGUGUCCCUGAGAAAAUGGAAAAGAGUAACGCGAGCUGGGUGGACAUAACCCAGGAUUUUGAAGAUGCUUGUCGAGAACUGAAGUUGGGAGAACUGCUUCAUGAUAAGCUGCUACUUCAGGGUGAGGACUACACAAUCUUGAGUUAGCAAGUAGAUACAAUUAGAACUGCCUGGUUGACUGGAGGAGCAGGAAGAGGCUGAAAUUUGCUCUUAAAACCUUAUUCUUUGCAUGCUAACCUAGAAAACUUUCAAAACACCUGGCUGGAUCCAAGUUGCAUAUUUGAUUUGGUCUUUUUGAAGCCAUGUCUGCUAUUGAAAUGAUGGAUCCCAAGAUGGAUGCUGGUAUGAUUGGAAACCAAGUGAAUCGGAAGGUUCUCAAUUUUGAACAAGCUGUCAAGGACGGCACCGUCAAAAUUAAAGAUCUCACCUUGCCUGAAUUGAUAGGAAUAAUGGAUACCUGUUUUUGCUGUUUGAUCACAUGGCUAGAAGGCCAUUCCCUGGCACAGACAGUAUUCACCUGUCUUUACAUUCAUAACCCAGACUUCAUAGAAGAUCCUGCCAUGAAAGCUUUUGCUCUGGGAAUCUUGAAGAUCUGUGACAUUGCAAGGGAAAAAGUAAAUAAAGCUGCUGUUUUUGAAGAGGAAGAUUUCCAGUCAAUGACAUACGGAUUUAAAAUGGCCAACAGUGUGACAGAUCUUCGAGUUACAGGAAUGCUGAAAGAUGUGGAAGAUGACAUGCAAAGGAGAGUAAAGAGUACUCGAAGUCGACAAGGAGAAGAGAGAGAUCCAGAAGUUGAACUAGAACACCAGCAGUGCUUGGCAGCGUUCAGCAGAGUGAAGUUCACCCGCGUGCUGCUGACAGUGCUCAUCGCCUUUACUAAGAAGGAGACCAGUGCUGUUGCAGAGGCUCAGAAACUAAUGGUCCAAGCAGCAGACCUUCUUUCUGCCAUCCACACUUCAUUGCACCAUGGCAUCCAGGCUCAGAAUGGCACUACCAAAGGAGACCAUCCAAUUAUGAUGGGUUUUGAGCCUCUUGUUAACCAGAGGCUGCUUCCACCCACCUUCCCUCGCUAUGCAAAAAUAAUUAAAAGAGAAGAAAUGGUCAACUAUUUCUCAAGAUUAAUAGACAGAAUAAAAACAGUCUGUGAAGUCGUGAACUUACCAAACCUACACUGUAUUCUGGACUUUUUCUGUGAGUUUAGUGAGCAGUCACCGUGUGUUCUCUCAAGGUCUCUGCUGCAGACCACUUUCCUCGUGGAUAACAAAAAGGUCUUUGGAACUCACCUCAUGCAAGACAUGGUGAAAGACGCGCUUCGGUCCUUUGUCAGCCCCCCGGUGCUCUCCCCCAAGUGUUGCCUCUAUAAUAAUCACCAGGCUAAGGACUGUAUCGACUCCUUUGUUACGCACUGUGUUCGGCCAUUUUGUAGUCUUGUUCAGAUCCAUGGCCACAACAGGGCUCGACAGAGAGACAAACUGGGUCACAUUCUUGAGGAGUUUGCGACCUUGCAAGAUGAGGCAGAGAAGGUUGAUGCCGCACUUCACACUAUGUUGCUGAAGCAGGAGCCUCAGAGACAGCACCUGGCCUGCCUAGGGACCUGGGUGCUUUACCACAGCCUCCGCAUUAUGAUCCAGUAUCUGCUCAGUGGCUUUGAACUGGAGCUCUACAGCAUGCACGAGUACUACUACAUCUACUGGUACCUCUCUGAAUUCCUGUAUGCAUGGCUGAUGUCGACCCUGAGCCGUGCUGAUGGCUCUCAGAUGGCGGAAGAGAGGAUAAUGGAAGAGCAGCAGAAAGGCCGCAGCAGCAAAAAGACCAAGAAGAAAAAGAAAGUUCGCCCGUUGAGCCGAGAGAUCACAAUGAGCCAGGCGUAUCAGAACAUGUGUGCUGGGAUGUUCAAGACAAUGGUAGCGUUUGACAUGGACGGCAAGGUGCGCAAGCCCAAGUUUGAGCUCGAUAGUGAGCAGGUUCGGUACGAGCACAGAUUUGCACCGUUCAACAGCGUGAUGACACCACCGCCUGUGCACUACCUGCAGUUCAAGGAAAUGUCGGACCUCAAUAAAUACAGCCCUCCUCCUCAGUCCCCAGAGCUGUACGUGGCAGCUAGCAAGCACUUCCAGCAAGCGAAGAUGAUCCUGGAGAACAUCCCCAACCCAGACCGUGAGGUCAGUAGGAUCUUAAAGGUGGCCAAGCCCAACUUCGUGGUUAUGAAGCUUUUAGCAGGAGGACACAAGAAAGAGUCAAAGGUUCCUCCCGAAUUUGAUUUCUCUGUUCACAAAUACUUUCCUGUUGUGAAGCUGGUGUGAAACAGACUGCACAGAUGAUGGGCCGUGUCCGCUCCACGGAAAUGUCACUCUGCCACAUACAGAGACGUAAAGUGGAUUUCCUGGAUGACAGCUUGUUACAAGGAAGAUUUUCAGUUUAACACCCUUUCCUGGUGGCAAUGAAAACUGCUGUUUUAAAGUGGUUUAUUAUACUCCAUGGGUGUAACUGGGCUGGAAUGCAUUGGCGAACAUUACAUGGUUUUAUUAUAGACUUAAUUGUAAAACUUUUUUUAAUAAGUGAUUGAGUGAAAUAGUGUUUGUAAAGGUUAAUAAAUUUCUUGAUACAAUGCA